CGUACACAACUUUCUCUUUUAUUGAACCAGUAUAAACAACAGCCUGAGCUGAACUAUGAAGCAAAAGAUUGUUAUCGAGGUACAGAUGCACUGCUCAAAGUGCAGGUCUAAAGCUCUUAAAAUCGCUGCAGUGGCCGACGGUAUAGUUGAUUUUGUGGGAUUAGAAGGUCCAGAGAAGGACAAAGUGGUGAUUGGGCACAAUGUUGACUGUGCUGGCUUGACAAGUUGUUUGAGGAAGAAAUUCGGGCAUGCAAAUAUAAUUAAAAUUGAAGAGGUGAAACCCGAAGAAAAGAAGCCAGAAGAAAAGAAACCAGAAGAGAAAAAACCAGAUGAAAAGAAAUCAGAUGAAAAAAUACCUUGCAUCCAGUAUCCAUAUGGACCAUAUCCAUACUUUGACAAGGUUAUUAUUUACCAGGAUGAUUAUCCAAACAACAGAAACUGCUGUCAAAUGUGAGAUUUCAGACUCAUGUUAUGGAAUUCUGAGCAUCAAACAGAAAUAUGAUCCGACUAUAUGAACAUGUUAUAAUUCCAACUAUCUCCACAGAAAUUUGAAAGCGUCAUGCCAAACUUAGUUUUAAUAUCAUUCAAGAAA